AGAGUGAGUUGGGAUAACUAUCGAUAAUGGACUGCGAGCUGAGCGUUUCCGGGACGAGCCCUUGCUCACGUCAGUCAAAUCGUCGUCGAUGCGGCACGCGCCCUAUCCCGUCCGCUAUAUAGCCAAUCAACGGCCGCCCGCAUGGCCGCAGCCAUCCUCCGUUGCGCAACCGCUAUCGCCAUCGCCAUCCCCUCGCCCGCGUCGAUCCCGGUCCACCACCACCUGGCCUUCCUCCUCGGCGCCGCCCGCCUCCGCCUCUCGCUCCAUCGGAUCCCGCCGCCGAGGAGUGCGGCCGCGGCCAUGUCGUCGUCAGCGGCGGUGAGGCCGGCGCACGAGGCCGGCGCGUGGUACGCAGUGCCGGGCCUCAGCCUCCGCGACCACCGGUUUGCCGUCCCGCUCGACCACUCCGACCCGGACCGCAGAGCCGCCAUCACCGUCUUCGCGCGCGAGGUCGUCGCCGCCGGGAAAGAAGACACAUCUUUGCCUUAUUUGUUGUACCUACAAGGAGGACCUGGAUUCGAGAGUCCUCGACCCAUGGAAGCAGGUGGAUGGAUAAAGAAAGCAUGUGAAGACUACCGUGUUGUGCUGCUAGAUCAGCGGGGAACAGGAUUAUCCACACCAUUAACAACAUCAUCUCUUGCGCAAAUUACAUCUGCCGCUGAGCAGAUGGAGUACUUGAAGCAUUUCAGGGCGGAUAAUAUAGUUAAAGAUGCAGAAUUUAUUCGUCUGCGUCUUGUACCAGAUGCCAAGCCGUGGACAGUCUUAGGACAGAGCUACGGUGGAUUUUGUGCUGUUACAUAUUUGAGUUUUGCUCCAGAAGGCCUGAAAUCUGUCCUUCUGACUGGAGGGCUUCCUCCACUAGGAGAGCCCUGCACUGCAGAUACUGUGUACAGAGCUUGCUUUAAACAGGUUCAACAGCAAAACGAGAAGUACUAUAAGAGGUAUCCUCAAGAUAUACAAGUCAUUCAUGAGGUUGUAAGAUACUUAAGUGAAUCUGAAGGUGGAGGGGUUCCUCUUCCAUCAGGUGGCAGGUUAACCCCUAAGAUGUUGCAGUGUCUUGGACUGUCUGGUUUAGGAUCUGGUGGUGGAUUUGAAAGGCUGCAUUAUAUGUUCGAGAGGGUAUGGGAUCCAAUACUGGUCCCUGGAGCAAAAAAGAGCAUAAGUUAUUACUUCUUGAAAGAGAUUGAAAUGUGGCUAAGUUUCGAUCAAAAUCCUCUUUAUGCUCUCUUGCAUGAGUCUAUCUACUGUCAGGGCUCUUCAUCAAAAUGGUCUGCUGAAAGGAUUUGCAGUGAACAUGAAAGUUUGUUUGAUCCUAUUAAGGCUAUAGAAGAAGGCCGUCCUGUGUAUUUUACUGGAGAGAUGGUAUUUCCAUGCAUGUUUGAUGAGAUCCAUGCUUUACGAUACCUAAAGGAGGCUGCCCAUUUGUUAGCUGAGAAGGAAGACUGGCCUCCACUAUAUGACGUCAGCGCGCUGAACAACAAUAAGGUUCCGGUCGCUGCGGCGGUCUACUACGAGGACAUGUACGUCAACUUCAACAUUGCAAAGGAGUCUGCCUCCCAGAUCGCGGGGAUCCGGCUCUGGGUGACCAACGAGUACAUGCACUCGGGCAUCCGCGACGGCGGCUCGCAUGUUUACGAGCAUCUGAUGGGUCUUUUGAACGGCAAGAAGCCUUUGUUUUAGCUGCUUUAGAACCCUCCUGUGUAGGAUCGAGUGACAGUUUAAAGAGCUGAGCUGAGCUUACCAUGUGAUUGAAAUAAGCCAAUAAUAAGGUUAGCGUUCCUUUUCUCGGAGAUGAAAGUGAAAAGACUAACAAUGUUCAUGACAAUCCAUUUGAAACAUUUCGCCGAUUA